ACCCAAAUCAGGAACUAAACGCACUGUGUAAUGUCAAGUGAAUCUUUUUGCGCUUAGACAAUCUCUAAAUGAUUGUGUAUGCACAUGAACUCGUGGGAAUUGUUUUCUGUUAAAUCGUUCGCUUGUUUUUCCAAGACAUGGCGCUGAAGUUAAGAGGCUAAUCAACGCGGCGUGUUCUGCCUGUUCAUCACAAGACUACCGGACAUGUGAUAUUGAUCAGAGUGAAAGUAGUCGUAGCUCCUGGUUGUACGAGCUGCCUGCCUGUGGUGAAGCACAGGAGGACGGAGUGGCUAUUUUGACGCGUCUAAAUAAUGCAGUCUAUUCAGGAAUUUCAAAGGCUUAAGGUAAUACAAUAAUGGUUCACGUUUAUAACUGCCACCCGUUUGCAUCCCAGCAAAUUGUGCCCACCGAGCAAGAGCCAGGGCUGGUUUGUUGUGGUGGUGAUGCGCUUUUCAUCGUCGCAGCCGGAGGAUGCAAGAUCGAAGCAUACCAGAUGCGAGAGGAUGGGUGUCCUCUCAUCUGUCGAUUUGCUACUAUGGGCACAGUCCACAAGAUAUUACAUAGCACCAUGGGUGACUAUCUCGUCACCAUUGAGGAGAAAAACAAAGCUACUUACCUCCGUGCCUACACCAACUGGCGUUACCAAGCGGCCGAGAAAACCCGAGUGGGUGUCCGGCUUCUGGGCCACUUCCUGCGCGGCUCAGCGUCGAUGAGGGGCAUCCCCAAGGAACAGAUGGAGAUCAUCGAGAUCCCGCUUUUCGAGACCCCUCUCUGCCUAGCCUGCUGCCCAGUCUCCGGAGACCUAUUGGUGGGCUGCGCCAAGACCUUGGUGCUGUUCACCCUGCGUCGACAGACGCUGAGCGACCGUCUCUCCGUGCUGGAUUUCGAGCGCCUUCUCAUCCUCCACACCAAGGGCUGGACGCCCUCGCAGCUGUCUCUGUGCGGGGGCUACGUGGCCAUGCAUUCAGACCUGGAGGUGUUGGUGCUGCAGCUGGAGAAGCCCCAGUUUGAGAUGACGCAGCAGCAGCAGAGCGAUGGAGGUGAUGGGGAGGGUCACCAGGAGCCGCGACCGAAUGCCCUGCUCCCCCAAGACAUGCUUUCUGGAGACUCUGACAUGAAAAAGGGCGGGAUGGGCAACCUGGAGCAAGAUGACUUCUACAUGUUCCCAAAGCAUCAGGAGGUGCUGGGAGACCAGGCCAAGGACUGUGGCGUAUGUGUCACCCCGGAGUGGACUGGAGCGGAGAAUGAGUCUCAUUUCAACACCGGGGUGACCUACAUCUUGUACAGGCGCUUUGCUCCUGACUUCUUCCAAGGAAACACAGUGGAGGACACCCACCUGCAUUCUCUGCAGCUCUAUCCAGUGUUCACAAGUAAGCUAGGAUCUGCUGAUGAGGCCAAGGGUAAGGGUAAGCGUGGGCCUGAUGGCGAGGCCACCCCCCCUGAGCCGUCCUGCAUCUUCUGCUUCUUCUCUCUGCCCAACACUGGCUACGUGUACAGCCUCAAGGGCUCCGUAGAGCUGGUGUCAGCCUACCAGUAUCCCGAGAAGGCCCAGCAAGCCGUGAUCAGCGGCCACUUUCUCCACGUCAUCACCAAGAAUGCUCUCCAGUGUUACUCUGUGCGUUGCAGUGCAGUAGCCGCCAGGGCUGAGGACCCCUACAUUGACACCACAAUGAAGGCUUGCCCUCCUUUCUCCAUGGAGAUUUGUGCGUUGCGCAUCCAGCUCUUCAUUGGUCUGAAGGGCCUUUGGCACGACAAUAACCACAUUGUGCUGCUGACCGCUGCUGACGUGGAGGACAAGGAGGAGGUGGAGAGAGCAGCCAAGAAAAGCUUAGAAACAAAAGAAAACAAAACUCUAGCGGGGAUUUUGCUAGCGGUAGGUAUAGAGCCGUCCAGCAACCCUGCGCUGGAGAGCCUCCUGUCCAAGUCCUUCCUUGAAGCACACAAACGAAUCAUGGACACAUUGAAAUCAGCGCCAGUAAGCUCCAGGAAGACCUCGGUCACCAAGCCCAAGGAGCCGGUGGAGAGCGACCACGGCUGGAAUCUCUAUGUGGUCAACACCGUGCCCAGCCUCACCCUCUACAGAGAGAUGGUGGAGUACAGUAAGAAGUAUGAGAUGUCGGACCCGUUCUCCCUGAGCUGCAUCCACCUGCUGAGCGAGGCCCACCUGCUGCUGCUGGCCUCCCUGCUGGAGCCCAAGGCCGACCCGGCCCAGAGGAAGGAGAUCCAGCAGGCCUACAAGGAGAACUGUGCCCAGCUCGCAGACUGCUACAGCAGGUUUGACAACAGGGACUGCCACCUGGCGCUGCCCUACUACCGGAUGUCUGGGCUGUCGGUGACGGAGGUCAUCAAGAGGAACAUGCCGCUGCCCGGCUGCCCGCCGGAGUUCGGCAAGGGCUUCAUGUUCUUCCUCAGGCACACGCUGGACGAAGAGGACACGGAGGCCUUCACUCAGGAGACGGCCAACACGGUGCUGGACAUCUUCAGCGUGGCGGAGCCGGCCCAGCUGCCCCACGUGCUGAGCAGCCCCUACAUGCUGAGCUGCGAGCCUGCCUUGGCGCUGGCCCACCUGGAGCGCCUGGAGGCCGCCGGCGCCCCCUCCGUCACCCUCAUGCUGGCCAAGGCCUCCCUGGCCCUCCGCAUGGGGGACACGCAGCUGUACCAACAGCAGAUGGAGAGCCACGCCGAGAUGCUACACAUGUACGGCUUCAUCGAGGAGCCCAAGCUACUGCUGCUGGGUCGGGGGGAGGCCGUGACGCCCACCCCUCUGGCGCGUCACCUGCGCCACAACGCCCAGGAGGGGCUCCUGGUGGCCGCCGCCGUGGCCCUGCACGAGAACAGCAAGGUCAAGCUGGAGGAGGCGGACUUCUUCUUCCAGGAGCUGUGCAAGGAGGCCAGAGAGGGGCCGGGCGCCUGUACCCCCCAGCUGCUCGUGGACUUCUGGGAGGCUCUGCUGGUGGCCUCCUCCCAAGACGCCAUCAUCCAGGAGCUGCUGUUCCGCCUCACCUCCGUCUACGUGGACCGCAUCACCCGCCGCCAGCCACCCUCCGCCAAGCCGCUCAAGACUGCCGACGACCUGAUAAACUCAUGUGUCCAUUACGGAGAGCUCUACCCCUGGGUGACCAUUCUCACGCCAGCUCACCUGCGCAGGGCACAGAGCUAUCACGAGGACCUUCAGAAGCUUCAGUCUCUCUUGUGUGGUCCCACGCUUGACGUCCCCUCCAUCCUGCCCCUGCUGAAGCUGCUUCCCGACUCGGACAACGCUGGGCUGAGCAUCCACGUGCUGGUGGGCACGCGCCUGGGCCACACAGAGCGCUCCAUAGAGCGGCUACUGGACCGCUGCCCACAGGCCAUCAUCUCAUUCGCCCACGAUGAGCUCAAGAGCACCAAAAUGGCGCUAUGGUGGCAGAAGCUGUUUCCUGAGCUGUGUGCCAGAACCAGGGCGUCGGGAGACGAGAACAGCAUCUUACUGACAGCACUGAAAGAGACACUAGUUGUGGUUGCCAUGGAGCUGAAUCCCUUGGAAUUCCUGGAAUUGUUGCCAGACGACGGCACGGCAGCAUUCUUCCUGCCUCACCUGUUGGAGUGCAGUCAGCGCCACCUGAUGACAUGAGUCACACUGACCCCUGCUGUCUGGGAGACACCAGCGCUGGCUGGACAAGCACAUCCUGACUGACCCCCCGACACACAGGAUACAUGAUCGCUCACUGUUUCUCAAUGACUCAAUCAGUGGCCAUCACUUUUACCAAAACACUACAAGCCUUUUUUUAGACAAUCAAUCCACAGAGACUCUGUGGUUUCCAUGCUGCUUAUUGAGGCUGUCUUUGUCUAGUAUAUGGUAUAUGCUUUAAAUAUAAGCUUUACACAACUCGACAUGUAAUUGUUAAGGGGAGUCUAAGGGCCUCCGCACACCGUUUCCGACAGCACUGCGGAGCUCUAUCGGUUCCGACAAUUUUGGUUAAUAACACCCCCACCCCCCACACUGCUGCAGACGUGCUAUACGUAAUGAAUGGUCCGUUUCAUUACAGCAGAGCAUGGAUAAUCAAUGGGCGGCGACAAAAUACAAUUCUUUCCUAAUCAGCUGCCAACAUCUGCGCCGGUGUGCGGGGUUGUAUUGAAAACAGUGGAAUCGAACUUUGGCAGAGCAGUGCUGCGCACUUUGUCGGAACCAGUGUGCAGAGGCCCCUAACGUCUCAUCCAAUUAGAAUGACGGCUUAUUAUGAGGUCAUAAAGUAAGUUUGAAAAAAUGGAGGCCAAAUACAGUUGAAACUAGACAAACUGUGGAUGCUGUACUGAGUUUGGGGUUGGGCUCUCCUUGCUAAUCUUGUACCCUUAUAUGCUGUGGAUUUAUUUAAACUUUCUAUCUAAUCAACUUUGACAAUCUUAAGUUAUGCUAUUUUGUUAUUUGUUUGAAUAAAUAUUAUACAUGCAUCCAUGUGUGGAGAAUACGUUACUGGUGUUUACAUAAAUGGAGAUGUGUGGCAAUUGUUUUAGCUUCUGAGCUGUAAAAACAGUACAAUGUCCUCAACGAACCUUCACUUUGCCACUGUGGGUGAGCCUCAAAAAAUUCUCUGAGGAACCAUGCAAGAACCUUAACGUUCCUCCAAGAACUAAUUGGUGCCCCCACAGAAUUGAAGCACCUACUCUAUAACGUUGGCUCGUCAGUGGACUCAGUGGUUCUCCCACAAUGUCGACUGCAGAGCUUUUCCCAUUUUUCACAGAGUAUCGGAGCCAUGCCCUUUCCCAUUCAGCUGUGAUGUGUGUAAUGACGGCAUGUGUAAUGUCAUGUGAGGUAGCAAUAAAGUUUCACAUCCUCUUUCAACUUCCUCCUCAGCACACACGCUUCACCAACCUCACUGUACACCUGAAGAUUCAGAUACUGCACACUCUCUCUCU